AUUCGGGGCGUGUGGAUUUUAUUUAUUAAUAUUAAAUAGGAGGAAGAAGAUUGAGGUUUUUUGUGAUUUAUUCUAGAAGAAAAAUAUCUUUGGUCCAAUACAUGUGUUUACACUUCAUUUCUGCCGAAAAAGAAGACAGCAUACUAACAAUAAUAAUAUUUCAAAGCAAAAGUUUUAUUAAUACACGGUUCUUAAAAUAAAUAAAUCGUAUGACCAUAUUUUUGCCUAACCACACGCCGUACAAAUUGAAUCACGUGACGCGCUCCGUUUCCGGUUGCUAUUUUGUUGUACUUCCAUGUUUUGGACCUAAACAACGUCGCCAAAGUACAGUUCGGCGAGAUAAACAUUGACUUUUGACUGAUUUGUCUCCGUGAGCAGUCACUGGCUGGUCUGCGAGCAGAAGAGGAGCUCGACCGCUGCUGUGGGACAAAAUGGACCACGGCGUGGCUUUUCAGAGCAAGUUAACCUCCAUCAUGGAGAAACUGGCUCAGGCAGCGGUGCUGGAGAUCAGCAGGGUAUGGGAGGACGGCUUCGCUCUUUUUCAGGUCGAGCUACGCCGAAGACAGAGUGAAAUCGAAGCCCUGAAUAAAAAGUUAAAGCAGAUGGAGCACGAGCGUCUGUCCGCUCCGAUUCAGACCGCAAACCUGCAGCUGUCAUCGUCAACCUCCAGAAGAGAGCAGAACAACAGCAAGCUGCUGCCGCCUAGCGGCGACGAUACUGUUCAGCACUUGUGUUCCAAUACUGAAAACACAGAGGUCGACGUUACAGCUAUUGUUACAGCGCCAUCACCAGCUCAGACACAGGAGAAACAGUUUGAAGGAGGUGACACGGAUGAUGAUGACAAAGUGCUAAUGGUCAAAUUGGAGGACGAGGAUGAAGACGACGUCCAGAUUGUGGAGGAAGUGAUGGAAUCUGACUGUCAUCACAGUGAGAUGGACCUCACCCAGCAGUCGGCUGAGGUCCAGGAAGGAAGGGAGACUCAACAGUGGACUUCUGUUUCAGUGGAGGACAGCGACACUACGGACACCUCAGACUGUUUGUUUGAACCCCAGCAGGUGUCCCAGAGCAUGGACUCAGAAAUCCUACUUAUUCAAAAUGCCUUAGAUAUUUUUGACAACACGUCAGAGACAGGAUAUUCAGACAGAUGUGUGAAGAAUAAGGAACCAGGUGCAUCCGGCAAAUUAAGGGCUCCUUUGACUUUCUGCCAGUCUCAGCCGAGUCGGACUCCAGACGCAACAAAUCUCCCAGAGAGGGGAGUGUCGCUCAGAUUCCUCUCUGAGAAACAGUCGUCAACUAAGAACACGUCGGCCUUUAACUCCAACAGCAGACUCAUCUACUUACACGACCCAGAGAUCCAAAAAGCCUUGGCAGGUUGUCACCGCAUUAAGGAGAAAUGGUUCAUCUGUACGUUCUGUGGGAAAAGCUUUGAUCGUGUCAGCCAUCUCGAGAUUCACGAGCGCAUUCACACCGGAGAGAAACCGUACACCUGUGACAUAUGUGGCAAGUGCUUUUCCCAGAGGAGUAACCUUCGCACUCACCAGCGGACUCACAAAGAAACCUUGGCCCAAAAUAUGGUCUGAUGUCAUGAUGCAUUUAAAUGGUGUGGGUCAAUUCCAGUCCACUGUGACUUACAAAUAGGAGUCGUAGCUAAGCGAACAUGUUGCUCAAGAUCUAGAAAAACUUGAAUUCCACAGCGCAAUUCCUCCAAACUGAUAUUUCAACUUAAGUAUUACAAUUACAAAUCAGUGCAGUUUCCCCUCCGUGGCUCAAAUACACAAAACACUUUGCCUUGCUGAACACCUCUUGCAGUUGCUCCUGGCACGACUGGGUGCUGUGCCCCCUGUCUGAUAAUGUGAUAAAUGGUGUGUUCAAAUCUCAGGUGAUAUUUUUUUAUGCUGGAGACAUUUCAUUGUGCACUGGAGUUCUUCACGGUUGACAAGGCUUUACAAAAAUGCUUCUAUCGCCACCUGUUGACUAAGCAGGACUUUAGCAUCACAGUAAGGUAAUAUUGACUUGAUUCAAAUAAAACAGUAUAUUUAUUACUACUACUUUAAGGUAACCGCCUUAAGUUUGAGUCACUAACAUUUACUCUGUAUUUUCAUAUAAAUUAAAAAAUGUAGCAGACUGACAAAACUGUGGAGGUUUUAAUAAUUUUAGCUAACUUUUGAAUUCUCGUGUUUAACUUUAAUAAAAAAUAAACAAGCGGGGAAAAGCUACUUGUUGCAAACUUCUGAACAUUUGUGUGAAUUAAUUUGUGUGAAUUAUUUUUUUUUACAUUUACCUGUGUCAUCAUUACAGUUAAAGCCCUUCUAAUCAUUGGUCUGAUUUUACAGAUUUACUGUAAGUGAAACACUAAUUAAAUUUGUAUUAAAUUCAAAGACCAGAUUUCUCCGACUGUGUUCUACUUCAUGCUGGUUCAGACUCCACACCACCGGUGUUUCUGUCCUUCCUGAACAGGACUGAAGAUAGGAUCUGCCCCACUUUGGAGCAUUGUUUGCAAACUGGGGCAUUACUGCUGCUGGGGGCAGUAACAGGUGGAUGUGGAACUAACAGAGGCAGAGGUCACAUGGUUGAAAACUGGAUGAAAAGUUUGAAAAGAAGAUUGUGUCGUGACCAAACAUUUGUACUUUGUUUGUAUUGAAAACUAAACUGUUUCUUAGGGCUCUCAGGUUUCUCAAAAAAAAAAGUCAAGGUUUCAAUUCAUUCUAUCAUUGAUUUUGUGAUUUCUUUUUUAAUUCUAUUAAUAUCCACCCGUCAAGUUCUCACAAAAACAUUUUGCAAAUUCCCAGAUACCAUUUUUUGUGCUUCUAUUAAGGCUCCACGUGUUUCUUUGACUUCUGCUUCUGUGCUGUUCCUGUUAGAAGUUAAUAGAAUUUAAAGCUUCAAAAGUUUUUCAUUUUCUCUAAAUUUUUAACAGAUGCUUAAAUGAGCAAUAACAGCCCGGGUACUUCUGUCUUUACGUAUAAACUAUAUACACGACCAUAUACACAAA